ACAAUUUUCGUCGACAAUGACUUCAUUACGGUUCCAGUAUUGUAGUCCAAUAUGUUUUGAGAUCUCUUCGCUUUCACAGCUUUCAGAGACAUGUGUUCUUCUGGAACUAAAAUUAUACUUAAUUCUUGGUUACUCUUCUUGAGUUUUCAUGUCCUCGAGUUGACCAUUCUAAUCACAACUCCUUCUUUUUCUCGAGGAUGUUUAUCGUUGGAACCGAUUGGUCUAUCACGCUUCAUGCGCUCUUUUAGACACAUUUUUUAUAUUAGAGUAUCCAACAAGGAUAUCAAAUUUAGUUGGAGCAUUCACAGCUAGUAUAUAUGACUUGGAUACUUUGUAUGGUCAGUAAAGACAUUUGAUAGUUGGUAAUGAUAAUUCAUCUUAUGAACUUCAGGUUCAUGUUUGAGGAUCAAAACUAGAUAAUGAUAACUCAUUCCAACUCAUCUCUUUGUCUAGCUGUUUUUUUUUCCUUUCCCCCUUAAUGUUGGAAAAGUAAUCCAUCAGAACAAUAAUUUCGUAAACAAAUUUCCCAUUCGGGAUUCAUACCCAACACAAAUUCUCAAUUUCCAACGAGAAUCAACUUAUGCGGCACACCCUGGUAUUCUCAUAUGAGAAAUGUUAGGUUUUUUACCAAAAUCAUUUGUAAAAGGGGGGAACUUAUGAUAACUUGUUGGUUAUAUGUGAAUCAAUACUAUCACUUGCCAGCUAGCAUGUCCUCGACAAGAGAUCAGAAGGCUUAGUUUGUUCUCUUAAGCAAAGUGAUGUUUGAUUGGAUCAUCAUAAAAAUGUAUCCAUAGUGAGACAAUCAAUCUCGCAAACAUCGGGUUGCGAUUAGAUAAAAUAAAAGUGAUCAUAUAAAAUCUCAAGAGAUUUUCCAACUCUUAUACAAGCUCUGAUCAAUUGUUCUAUUCUCCUUGAGAACAAACAUGGCAUAAUAACUCUUUUAGUUGAAGAGUUCUUUGACUUCUCAUAUGAUGUUCUCAUGAAUUCUCAAAGAACUUUUUUCACAUCAAGAUCCGGGAUGGUCUAACCGGACCAACCAAUUAUCAAAUUAUCAAAUCUUGUAAACUUCUGGUUUACACUUUUAUGUGUACUGAUAGUACUAAUAUACAUGUAGUACAUAUUUGUGAUGCAAAUAUUAGUUUUACUAUUUUCUUGAUAAGAUACUCAUUUUAUGAACAUACUUUUAAUUGGGCAAUGCAUCAUCACUAGGUAGUUUGGGUCCUUCGGGCCACAAAACAUUAGCUCUUUUAGAGCUUUACCAUAUUUUGUACCAUAUUUCGCCCUUCCGGGGAUUUAUGAUUUGAUGCAUUCUUAGUAAACACAAAUUCAUAGUGAAUAUAAUCACAAAUUGUUCUCACGAGUACAUAAUUAGUUACUUCAAGUAACUAAACAUAAGCUCUUCGGAAGCUUUUCUCAUUUAUGUACUCUACCAUAUAGUUUAUAUGGAAUUUUUCUAACAAUCAUACUUUACAAAAACAUACUAAAAAUAAUAAAUGAGAAUAGUUCAAACUUAAGACAAAAAUGAUGAACUUAUCAAGUUAAUCGUUCUAGAUAAAAGUUAUCAAGUUAAAUUAUGCAUGAAAAUAAUGGCACAAUAAAACAUAAUAGAAAAUAAGAAUCAUAAUACUAUAAUUGUGAAAAAUAAAUAAGAUUUAUUUGGAACAAUACCAUCACUAACUAGGUGAUUUUAAAUUUAUAUAUGCGUUUCAUUAUACAUUAUAAUGCACAACAGGUACAUUAUGUUAUCAUGACUUUGAUAAUGCAAUUGUGGUGUCAUCCUUAUUUAUAGUUCUCCUUUUCUCACUUCUGGUGAAAAGAUCCAAACAAUACAUUUAGCAUAUAUAUAAUCAUGUUUAUAGCUCCAUUCACUUCGGGGAAUAGAUUGUUUCAUUCACUUCUGGGAAUGAAAAUGCCUCAAGUGCAAUAUCAUUUUCAUCUUUAAUGGAGAAUAUACCAACUUAUAAUACAAAAAAUAUGUUCCAUAAUAUUGAUAUUGCAGGAGCGUAUAUGAAUUUGCUCUUCCCUUUGAUUCUUGGUAGAAUAAAGUCUUUUGCGUACAACGGGUACGAGACAAGCACACUUUUCCAUUACAAUGGUAACAUACAGAACAAAUAUUCUUGUUACCGUGUCCACUUCUUUCUAUCCCUUUGGAUUCUUCAAUUUCCACUUCUGGGGAAUUUGUGGGCUCUUGGAACUUGCAUUUUCUACAUAUCAAUGUAUGAUUGAUAAGAACAGGAUAACACGGAGAACUGAGAAAUUAACUCAUCACUUAUAUUACUUUUCUUGUUAAUCCAAAUAGAUCGACGUGAUAAGAUAUUAAUGGAUAUGAGAAGUAGCACUCAUCUUGAUAUAUUGGAAUGAGAUCAUCUCAACACAAAUAAGACAAUAAGAUAAGAAAGGAUCUAAGAUUUACAUAUCUUGAUCAUAUUGUGAUCUUACUCCAAUAUCUUAGAUUAUGUUGAGAGUCAUUGAGGCUUGAGCAAUGAUAAUUUUGGCAGAGCUUCGUGCUGAUAGCGUGUUAUAAAACUAAUAAAAAUAUAAACAACUACAAGAGAAGAUUAUAGAGGAAAAGACACAAGAGAAGAGAGGUGAAGAGUUCUUCUUAUUCAUUCUUCACUUUUGAUACAAUGGUGUGCUAUAUUUAUAGGCACACUUUGGUAACCACUACAUCCUUAUAUCAAUGCAUAUGAAUGAGAGAUAAUAAUGUAGAAAUAGGGGUUACAUGUAACUCCCAAGUGAGCAUCUAAUGUGGUAGGUCAUUGGUCAUCCAUACAUCAAUAUUUACAUAAUAACUUUAGAAUUGUUUUGUUUCUUUUGUAUAGCCAAAUACCUAUGAUAAUUUCACUUUAACGAGACAUGGAGAAAUAAAUGAGGAGGAAAAACUGACAUUUCACCCCCAAUUUUUUCGAUGUCGUGUCGUGUGAAUCUCGGUUCAACCGUGGUUGACCAUUUUUAAUGGAAAUUUUAACAUAAGGACAUGUUUGAUAAUUUUUUCAAAGUAUAAGGGCAUGUUUAAUGUAAAAAAUAGUAAAUGGGCAUGUUUGAUAAACUAUAUAGUAGAUAAGCAUAUUAUAUCUAUAACCUUAAACUAACCUAAUCAGAGACUUUUUGCCCUGAUUAGGUCGUCCCUUUGCCGCCUUGUCUAGAUUAUUGCUGGCCAUAACUCCUAUUUGGCUCUCUAAAAAACUUCUUUUUCUAAACAAAAAGGAAAGAAAAAGAGGAGAGGGAGAAGAACACGGAUAUAGACAUCAAGAUAGAGACAGACAAACACACACUUCAACCCGAUUGUUGUUUUCAGUUUUCAUCAUGGUUAUUAUGACAUUUGCAUGUCGGCCGGUUGAACCUGAUUUAACCGUUGUCAAUCAUAAAACUUGUAUAAACACCACCGGUAUGAUUGAUUUACGAAUAUAAGCAAAACGAGAUCGUUUUAUUAAAUUUUAUUAAUAAAAAAAUUAUUAUAUAUUUUAUGAAUAUAAAAGUUAAAAAUUAAUGUAAUUUGUUGGAUUCAAGUAUAAGCAUUUACAUAUUGACGUUAAAUACAUUUAAAUAUGAGUAUUUGUUAUUUUAUAUGAAAUGUCAUAUUUCAUUAAGUCGGCAUAAACCGACACAAACCAAUUAUAGCAGCAUUAGUAGUAGCAUUCCACUUACUAAACCGACGCAAUAGUAUAAACCGGUUUGAAAACCUUGGUUUUCACUCCCUUCCCUCUCGUACUUGUCCUGUGCCCUUUCCUUUCCUAGCAGUAGCAGCAAAAGGAGGCAGGAAACGGUGAACUGCGGGCAGCAGGGUAACUGAAAACUCUCGCUCUCUCUCUUUCCCUUUCCCUUUCCCUUUCCCUUUCCCACCAUUUAUUUCCUCUCGUGACCUUUCUCUUUCCCUCUGUUCUGGGGUUCCCAAAAAUUUGAACAGUCCUAAUAGUUCUUCCUUUCCCCCCAGAAAAGUUCCCAUCUUUUUAUGCUCCGUACCCAGGUUCUUACUCUUUCUUUUGUUGCUUCUUUCAGAGGUAGGGAAAAAGAAAAAGGAAGUAAAGGCAGGGGAAAUGGAGAGUGAGAAGAAGACAGCACCAGAAGCUGUUCCUUGUUCAACAGCAGCAGCAGCAGCAGCAGGUGGAAGCAGUACUAGUACUUGUAGUGGCGCCGUUGAAGAGCGGAACCAAGGAAAGGAGAUCAAUAAUGUGUUGUCGGAUGCAGAUGCCGCUGUCAAGCCAUCAAAUGGAGAAGAAGAAGAAGAACCACCUCCUGUUCCUGAUGAUGACAACGACGACUUAGAGGACAGAUUGGAGGAUGCUAAUAAUGGCGACGGUGCUGAUCAUCGUCACAUUCCUCCUCCUCUUGUUACAACUACCAGUAGCAGUGGGUUCGUCCCUGGGCCUCUGCUCUCCCUCAAGGAACAGAUUGACAAGGACAAGGAUGACGACAGCUUGAGAAGGUGGAAAGAGAAGCUGCUAGGCUCCAUCAGUGGCGAAUUGAAUGGCGAAACAGAGGCGGAAGUUAGGUUCCAUUCCAUAGGCAUAAUGUGCAGCGACUUUGGGGAAGUAACUACACCGUUGCCUAUCGUUGCCAAUGAGAAUGAGAGCCGCUCAAGUCGCCUGCUUUUCACUCUCAGAGAAGGGUCUCAGUAUCAACUCAAGUUCACCUUUACUGUUCUUCACAACAUUGUCUCCGGUUUGACCUACUCAAAUACAGUGUGGAAGUCAGGGAUUCAAGUUGAUCAGAACAAAGGAAUGCUGGGUACUUUUGCUCCUCAACGUGAGCCAUACGUGCAUACUUUGGAGGAGGAGACCACUCCGUCUGGUAUUCUAGCUCGCGGGACUUACUCCGCUAAGCUUAAGUUUGAAGACGAUGACAAAAGAUGUCACCUGGAGCUCAAGUACUGCUUCCAGAUCAAAAAGACCCUCUAACAUAGCCCCUUCCUCCGCCGCAAUGCAACCCUUUUUCUCUGGCCAUAUGCUGUUGUGUUGCGAUUAGGCAUGAAUGUGAUUGUCCAUCACUCCAUUGAACGGAUUGCAGCAGUUGUAGCUUCUUGGUUUUUCUUGGGAACAGUCUCUGCUUCCAUCUUCGUCUGCAUGUGUUGUAAUCUAAUGUUACAUUAAAGGAGCCAAUAUUACAGAGCGAUCAUCAGAGGUCGAAGCAGGAUUGUUGAAGGAUGAUCAAUGACUGGCUACCACAUUGUUCUGAUCCCAAAUUAGGCUUACUAUUCAAACUGUUCGGCAUAAAGAACAAGUAUCCAGCCCUACAGGCGGCCUAUUAGAAGAAAACUACCACAAAUCUAAACUCACACUUCAGCUUGUCGCAGAUGCUCAAUGUUCACAUUUGACGGUUACAGAUCUUUACCCAAAGUUACUUGUUUUUUUGUUAAGUAGCCAAGAAAUUGCUUUUCGAAGACGGUAAAAAAAAAAAUGCUCCAGUGCUAUCUCAUAAGGUUGAUGUUGAGUUCUCUGACCUGGACCGGCUUCGAAUCCUAGAUAUUUCAGUUGAAGCAACAGCAGGUCCAAGUCUGGAUUGAAUUUCACAUCUGUGUGGAUACAGGGGAAAACGAGCAUCAAAACCUCGGCGUUUGUGAUGCCAAGUGUUGUUGGAAGGCUUGUGUUGAAGAGCAAUGUACUUUAUUUUGGAACUUCCGCACAACCCAAUUACCCACCUGCUCCUCCAGCGAGAGGGCUGCUGAUUGUACAAUUGUGUACAAUGAUCGGUGGGGAUUAAUAUGCUGCAAAAAACAUGGAAGCGACUGAGGAAUGAAACAUAUUGUAGGGAUUACUCAAAAGUACCAUGCAACCCUUAUGUUGAAAGCUUUACUGAGAACACUUGAGAAAGUCAUUUGUACUUUGUUUCAAGAUUUUACUUUGUAAUUGAGCUGUUGCUGUUAAAGUUGCUUGAUACAUGUCAACUCUGUGAGGCUGGCGAGUAGAUAAUUGAAAUAAUGAUUCAGAUAAGUUGACGCAAGCAAAUGUAGAGUUGUCUAGUCUAAAUAACUAGCUUCUACCAUAGAGGAAAGCGUGGUGUAAUUCACCAAGAAGGCCAAGGUGAAAAUGUUUUACAGAUAAUAAAACUCGACUUCUAGA